AUGUUCGCACCCAGCGCACCCAGCGUACCCGGCCCUCCAGCAGACGAGUCGGGAUACAAGCCCGACGAGUAUGUGGAGGCGCCGACCAACACCAAGUCAGCGGGCAAGCUGAAUGCGCAGACUCGUAAAUGGAAGCCAGCACGAGCCUAUACGACGGCUCGGAUGGCGGCAGAUUCGCACAUUUCUUCAGACUUGUCCUCCAGGAUUUCGCGGCGUGGGCCGGGGCCCGGGGACGAACACAACUCGCUGAUCGGGGAUCUUGCGUGCGCCUGGCAUAUGCGCACGGCUUAUCGCACGCUCAGCAGCGUCUCGCGCACAGUCACCGACCUCGUGGACUGCAACGCGCAUGGGCUGCGCCUCCUCGAGGCCAUGAAUAGGAUGCAUAACCCGCUCGGGAGCGUCAGCGGCGGCGAGGUCGAUACGCAAGGUGCAGCAGAUCACGCCUGUGCUUGCAGCGCUCUCGCAGCGGAGCACCGAGCCCAGGUUCCCUUUGGAGAGCUAAUCGGGAGCAUGGUCGGUUAUGCAUGGACAGCAGACGCGGCAAGGGCGUGGCUGGCAUAUGGGUAA